AUGGCCAACACAAAAUUCAUCACCGAACAAGAAGCUUCGCUUUCAAAUCUUUAAUUAAAUACAAUACGACUUGUAAAACCCCCAAACCCAAAAACCAAACCCAAAACCAAACCCACCCAUCGAAAAAAAAAGAGAAAGGAAAAAGCUCUGUUUCUCUCAGAGAACAAUCUUCCGGAAGAAAGAAACUGAAUCUCAAAUCAAUUUCCCGAAAUUUUUAGAGACCCAUUUGAAAGUUUGCUUCUUUUGUUUUUUCUUUCUUUUUUCAGCUCUAAUGGGUGCUUCAGGAAAAUGGCUAAAAUCACUUAUCACUCUCAAAAAGCUCCCUCCAAACGACCAUGAGAAGGUGGGGGAUAAGAGCAAGAAGAAGUGGAGGCUAUGGAGGAGUUCAUCAGAAGGGUCGGCGGCUAUGAAGAGAUCGGAGGCGCAUAAUUCGUCUUUCGCGGAUUAUGAGGCAUUUACUGCCGCCAUGGCUGCUGUUGUCCGAGCUCCACCUAAAGAUUUCAUGAUGAUCAAGCAAGAAUGGGCCGCCAUUCGAAUCCAGACAGUGUUUCGUGGCUUCCUGGCAAGGCGGGCGUUGAGGGCGUUGAGGGCAGUGGUAAGAAUUCAAGCUAUAUUUAGAGGCCGGCAGGUAAGGAAGCAAGCUGUUGUUACAUUGAGGUGCAUGCAGGCUCUUGUUCGGGUACAGGCUCGAGUAAGAGCACGUUCUGUGAGGACGUCUCCUGAAGGCGAAGCUGUGCAAAAAUUAUUGGAUGAACAACGCUACCAAACUGAUCCAAUUAAGCAGGCAGAGCAAGGUUGGUGUGAUAGUCCUGGUACUGUGAGUGAAGUUAGAGGGAAGCUACAUUUGAAAAAGAAUGGAGCUAUCAAGAGGGAAAGAGCAAUGGCAUACUCCGUCUCUCAACAAAGAUUGAGAGGAAAUGCCAGCCCAAAAUCAGCUAAAAACCAGCAUGCACAGCGGAACAGGCUUGAUAAGAACAAUUCUGCAGGAUGGAGCUGGUUGGAACGUUGGAUGGCAGCCAAGCCAUGGGAAAGCAGGCUUAUGGAAGAGGUUAAUAGCACCACCCCACCAUCGGAAAUGAAUCCAUUUUCAAGGAAAAAUGAAGAUUUUUCAUGUUCUUCAGAACAGGACUCGGUGAAAAUUAGAAAGAACAAUAUCACAACCAGGAUUUCAGCUAGACCUCAUAAUAAUAAUAAUAAUGCAGUAGUAUUAAAUCAACUAGCUCGUUGUUCAUCUUCUUCUUCUCCAAAUUCCGAAUCACUUUAUGACGAAAGCUCUGCUUCAACUUCUACUUCUGCAUCACCGACGCUAGUAUCUAGCAGCAACACUCCCAAGAUGGAAGGAUCGGAGGAAAUCAAUCUCUGCAAACCAAGCUACAUGAAUCCCACACAAUCUAUUAAAGCAAAGCAGAGAGCUUGCAACUUUUCUUCUCAGAAUAUGCAGAGAUUUUCUGUUGAGGAGUUUCAGUUUCAUUACAAGUCAAUGGAACUUUCCAAUGGAGAUACAAGGAGCAGUGCUGGUUCUAACCACCCUUCAGUUAAUUUCAGCAAAGAGCUAUAUCCUCCAACGUCAAAAGGCAGGCAUGACUGUUUCAGAUAUAGAAGACAGUAAGGGAGAUCAAAAAGUUGAUAUUCAAGGUCCAAUAUGUGCUUCUUUUUUUUUUUUUUUUUUUUCCUUUUGUAAUUAAAUCCAAUAUGAGGUUCAACAGCUUGUUACCGUACUCAUUUGAUGGCCACCAAGGCCUAUGCCUAAUGUCUAAGACCCAAAAGAAGUAUCAUAUUAAAUAUUGUACUUUAACAA